UCUCUCUCUCUCCCUCUUGCCUCUCCCUCUUCGUUGCUCCUCUCCCCUCCCUCUCUGACCGCCGCUCCUCCUCGUGGUCGCGGGCAACCGGACCACCGAUUCACCUAGAUUUGCCCUAUUUUCUCUCUCUAAAAUUUCUCUAUAUUCGUAUAUCUGUCUAUCCAUCAACAACGAGACCGAUGUAUGUAUAUAUAUAUAUAUAUACACGUGUGUGUGUGUGUGGAUUUGUAUGUGAUUGUUAGGGUUUUGGAGAUGUAGGGAAGGUUGAAUGAUAGAAGAGAAAUUGCGGUGAAGAAGCUGUCGCAGAGCUCGAAUCAGGGGAAAAAUGAGUUCAAGAACGAGGCCAAGCUGUUGGCUUGCAUGUAGCACCGCAAUGUUGUCAAUUUGUUGGGGUAUUGUGCGCACGGUGCGGAGAAGCUGCUUGUGUAUGAGUACGUAGCUAAUGAGAGCUUGGACAAGCUUCUCUUCAAUGUGUAAGGAGUGAGGAAUGCAUCAGAACAUGUUCAGGCUAGAGUGACGAAGUUGGUUAAUGCUGAUUUGUGGUUAUGUUAACCAUAAAAUGUCUCAUCAGUAUGAAGUCAAAGUUUGUGUUUCCCUAGUGAUAUUGUCGUUGACAUUGAGAAAUUCUUCUACUUCACAUCUAAUACAGGGAGAAAGCUUUUACAAUCCAUAUAUACCUGGAGUUUUAGAGGAAUUGGAUAAGAAAGGAUUAAUUGAAGAAAGUGAAGGUGCUCGUGUGAUCUUUAUUGAGGGGAAAAAUAUACCUUUAAUUGUUGUGAAGAAGGAUGGUGGUUUCAACUAUGCUUCCACUGAUCUUGCGGCUCUUUGGUAUCGUCUUAAUGAAGAAAAAGCUGAAUGGAUAAUCUAUGUAACUGAUGUUGGCCAACGAGAGCACUUUGAAUUGUUUUUCAUUGCUGCGAAACGUGCUGGUUGGCUCCCAGCUGGUGAGGAUAUGUAUCCUAAAACUAACCAUGUGGGUUUUGGUCUUGUUCUUGGAGAAGAUGGGAAACGAUUUCGAACUCGCAGUACUGAAGUGGUUCGAUUAGUUGAUUUGUUAGAGAAGCAAAGAGUCGCUGUAAAGCAGCUCUUGUAGAACGAGGUAUAAUAAUGAAUGAUCUGCACUCUAGUUGUUUUCCUAUAGCAAGAGGAGGAGCUUGAUCAAACAGCUGAGGCAGUUGGUUAUGGGGCUGUUAAAUGGCUUUGUUGUGUGGACUUGUGGAUAAUCCAUAUUGGUGUAUGAAGAAGAAUUUUCAGUUUUGUGUAGAACUAAUAUAAUACUUUUAUCGUCCUCAGCUUUUGUGUAGUUUAUUAUUACUGAUACAGAAACUUUUGGCAAUCAACAGAUAAUGACUGUCGUGGUACAUAGAUCACAUUCUGUCAUGGUAUAUAUAUAUACCAUUUGUCAGUGUACAUGUAGGACGUUUUGUCAUGGUCCAUAGAAAAUUUUUGUCGUGGUACAUAUAUCACCUUUUGUUGUGGUACAGAUUACGAUGAUAAUUUGUACCAUGCCAAAUGGUAAUUUCGCUUGGUAGUAAAUGUAUUUUUUUAUAUACAGAUGGCUUUGA